AUGGCUCCGGGGGUUAGCAAGAGAAUCAAAACUCUGUCUCUGACGAGGCCCAUCAUAUAUGGUAAUACAGCCAAGAAGUUUGGCGAAGUGAGACCACCAAACGCUCCAGCAGAGCAUACUCACCUGUGGACAAUAUUCGUUAGAGGUCCACAAGAUGAAGACAUCUCAUAUUUGAUCAAGAAAGUAGUCUUUAAACUACAUGACACAUAUCCCAACGCUACGAGGACGGUAGAAGCUCCGCCAUUUGAAUUGACCGAGACCGGUUGGGGUGAGUUCGAGAUAAACGUAAAGAUUCAUUUUGUAGAUGAAGCCAACGAAAAGAUGGUGAGCUUUUACCACCAUUUGAGACUGCAUCCAUAUCACAACGUUAAGGCAGAACCACAAGCACCGAAUGACGAGAUAUCCUCUAUCUACUACGAUGAAUUAGUUUUCAAUGAGCCAAACGAAGAACUCUUCAAGAUCUUGGUAAGCAGACCUGGGAACCUUCUACCUUCCAAUAAGACCGACAAGUGCAUAUUUUCCAAACAGUUGGAGCAAGAAGAAAUCGACAGGAUAAAAAUUGGGAUCAGUAAAGUAGAUAAUGAGAUUGAAGAAUUGAAGGCAAAAAUUGCCAAGCAAUUGGAGAAUUAG